ACAGAAAGCUGGGUAAAAACCAUGACAAGCUCAAUAAAAGAAAGCAGUGUCUGCUCUCCUGAUUCAACAGUAUCUUCUCUUUUAACAAGCUAUAGCACUGACAGCAAUAAUCCAUACUCAAACAGCUUGAUUCACUACAAGGACAAGCUUUACAGCUCUGCAUCUGAGGCUUUGGAGGCUUAUAUCGAAGAUUUUGAUUUAAGUCUCACAUCUUCAGAAGUACGCACUGGAAAAAUCUGCAUAUUUCAAAGCACUCCCAAACAAGUUAAGUUUUCAAAGCAUCAUGCCAAAGAAAAACAUGCACUGGAUGAUUUCAAACAGCAUGUAGGAUUGGAUUCUCUUGCUUCACCCUCUAGAGCGCAGAGUGAGUGUGACCCAGACUUGAUUAGUCUUGCAACGGAUGAUCUGUUAGCACUUCCAGCAGAUGGAUCGCUACCCUUUGUCCAGCGUACUUUUAAAUCAAGGCAUCAAAGUAGUGAGUGGAACAGAUGGUCCCUUAAAACAUCUUUCUGCCCUUACCAAACCUCAUCACUCAAUACUGAAAGUGGUUUCAGUCUCCAGGAGAAUGGGAAAACUGUUGCUCACCAGAAUCCACACAAAGACUUCAGCAAAAAGAAAUGCAAUGUGUAUAAACCUGAUAGGUAUGAUUCUGUCUCCUCUAAAGGAAGUUUGAGACCCUCGUCUUUUGAAGAGGACACUUUUCCUUUUAAGAAUUAUCCAAGAUGGCUUACCAGUCAGAAGUCCGACUUAAGUGUAUCAGGGAUAAGUAGUAUUCCCAAUUUGCACUACCCAGUAUGGCUUAAGAGUUACAACCUUUUUUCUGAUUCAGCUAAAGAAAGCGAUAGUCAAAAUUUUAAUAUACAAGGCAAAGCUUCCUCUUCACAAGCUUUUGAGAUCCUGAAAAAAAGGCACUCUGUAGAUAAACACAGUUCUGAUUUUUUUGAACAAAAUGGUUGCCUGGGUCUGGGAAGGGAUAACAAAGUAGAAGAAAGUUGCAACUAUGACAGUCCAGAUGCCUACUUCCCUUUUGGUAACUUGUUUUCAAGGCACACUAAAAAGCUGUUCAGAGAAGACCAGCUUGAGCCACUUACCUCGAAGGCCGACAGAGGUCUGGAGAUUUCAACUGAAAAUUUGUCAAAUAAUCUGGAAAAUCAUGGCAGUCCUUCUACAACAGAUAUACUAGAAGCAGAAAGAUCAUGGGAAAAUGCUCCAGGUGCUUUCAAACCACCAGUGCCUGUGUGCUGUGAGGACAUGGAGAAUGCUCUACCAUUCCCCAAAGCAGAUAUCAUACAUAAAUUCUUGGAAGACUGUUUAAAUGACAAAAAUAAGGAAAAUACUUUUUCUGGAGGUCAUCACCAAAGGCCCCUUGAAGCUUUGAAGCUAAUCUUGUUUAAACUUCAAGAAAUUCAGGCAAGUUUAAACCAGAAUGGAACUGCUGAGCAAAAGGAAGAGAUUGAAAAACUUUCUGAAAAAGCUGAGGCUGAAUUAAAACUGUGUGACAGUGAGAUAAUCCCUCUUACUAAUUCUAUUCAGAAGGCUUUACACCAUUUGUCACGUGUUAAAAGUGUUGUUGAAGAUAACAGUAACCAACAAGAGCAGACCGAUGAUCAUGAAGAUAAACAAGAAAAAAAAGAAUAA